CGAGUAUACAAAACAAUGACCAAGGAAGAAAUGUUUGCAUUCUAGAAUUUUUCUACUUUUUGCAAACACACGAAGUUUUAUAUUUAUUACUUUAUUAUUCAUACUGUGUUUGAUCACCAGCUCAUACAUACAUAUCAUAUUGCUUUCUGUGAAAACGGUCAACUUUGGAGAUACGGGUUUUGUCUCAUAAAUAUAAGAUAUAUUACCCUGAGCUGAGCUUAAUUGAAGGAGAGAAGUGUUAAGUAAACUAAAGAACAAUAUCUUUCGAAGCCACGGUUUUUCCUCUGCAACAAUAUCUCAAAUAAGUGUCAUUUUAAAUCCUAGGGAAAAGGAACAAAAAUAUUUACCUACUCAUCAUGAAGAUCACCCACACAACCUAUAACGAAGUGCGUGGCAGGAUAUCCACACCUCCUCAUCCCACGCCCCCCGAUAAAUUUAGCAACGACACUAAAUUUCUCACCACCGCACCCGCAUCUGGCAUCAAACCCAAUCCACCUCAACGAUCCAGCUCUCCCAUUUCCACCAAGACCAGUACUCUACGCAGCACUACCCGCCGCAUAAAAAGAUAUCUAAAACUCCACGUGAGAUUUGGGACACGACCUACUAGUCAACACUUUUCCCGCUCGGGACAUGGAACUAGUGUUCGCUAUCCACCUGGAGAAAUGCAUCCACCGACUGUUCCGACGCAGGUUGGGAAAUACCACUCCGGGAGCGUGAGGGGGAGCUUUUCUUCGCGCGGUGAAAUGGAGGAUUCGUUUGCUGUUGUGGGAAGUCAGGCUCAUGAGAAGGGUUUGGAACAGAGGUAUAAACAUGUUAAGGGGAAGAAGAGGCCGAGUUAUUUGAAGCCGAGGGAGGAGGCGGGAGGAAGGAUAAGUGGUGAACAAGGGGCUGGAGGACUGGAUUUCGAGGCGUAUAUGAAACAGCAACAAGGGUUGGAGAGAGAUUUUGGGAAGGGGUAUAAUGGGGGAAAUAACUCUCCAAGUCCGCCGAAUAGUCCCUUGAAAGGGAGUAUACCGCCGCGAGAUAUCAGUCCGCCAAAAUUUGUGGCGAGUGAAGAUGCAGGAGAUUCGCAAAAAAUGCGAGAGCGUCAGGCUCUUGCGCAUGGUAUGAUGCAGUUGGAUUUUGAUAAUUUUUUGAUACAGCACCGUGGGCUCGAGCGAGACUUCGGAAAGGGAUAUGAAAAUGCGGGGAAUAGUCCUAGUCCGCCACAUGCUUCUUUACGAGCUGAUUCUUCGCGUACAACUUCGCCGCGUACGAGCCCGAAUUAUUCGUCAACGCCCAUUUCGGUGCCUGUUGGGCAUGCUAAUGAGAUGGGGAUUGGGCCUGGGAAUAUGAGUCAAGGGGAUGGUGUGAGGUUUUCGGAUGUGCAGUGGAGUAGUGUUAGGAGCGGGGUAAGUGCAACCGGGACGACGGGGACGACAGAUAGUGGAAUUCAUGCAGAAAAUUCGAGGGAGAGAAGUGCCGGGAUGGGAAUGGGGAAACAUAAGGCUGCGCCUGGGCAGAGGAGGUUGAGAAGGAAAGCGAAGUUUGAGGAAAGAGAUCAGAGUCACGCGACUACGCCUGCUAGUUCCCGCUCGCAGACUGUCGGUAAAGAUAAGAUUGCAAGUGCCCAUGAGAGAAGAGAAAAGGAUGUACAAAGAGAAAGUAAAGAGGAAGUAACGACGAUUGAACAAUUAGAAAUGAUGAGAAGGGCGAUGUGGAACGGAAAGUUGGAGAAAGUUGUACCGCCCAGCAGAGAAGUACCAAAACACAUCGACAUUCUACAUCCCUCGACUCCGACUUCUACUUCCAGUGGCAAAAGUAGGAAUAGCAAGGGAAAAGGAAAGGGGAAAAUGUUAGAAGGGAGAGCUAGCCCGAUUCAGAUAUUGAAAGGGUAUAUGGGACAUGGCGUGGAGGUUGUACAUGAUUCUUUUGAGAAGAAAACGAACUCGAAAACGAAGUUACCGAGUCCGUUUGAAUAUUUGUUGUAUUCGAGUUAUGAAGGGAAGAAAGGAGAUAGAAGUAGUGCGGGGUCGAAGAAGAAAUCAAAGCCGAAGGAUAGAGGGAGAGAGGAGGAAGAUAGUGAUGAGGAAUUUUGGGGGUGCAUAGGCGAUCAAAAUCAAGAGAGUGGGAUUCUAACCGCGCCUCAUCCGGGUGAGAAAGCCGAGGAAAAUAUUUUAGCACGUGGAGUAGGAUCGGAAAAUGCGAGGAAAGAAAGCAAUGGAGACGAAGUAUGGAGUAAAAAUUUAGAAAAUAGCUGUAAACUCUGUCGCAAACGCAGAGCGAGCGGUCCUCGCGGUCUUUGCCAUACAUGCGAAAGGAAUCUCUUGAAUAACACAGCAUGGGAGGAACCUAUUCCGCAUUCUAGGGAUAUGGGUGAUAUUCGUCCCACGCCACCACUUAAAGAUCAACAUAUUGCUUACAUGCGCGAUAUGCUUGCUACUACGCCUCCUCCUUAUAACGACCCUAAUUAUCGACCUCCGCUUCCAGCUAAAGAUUAUCAAGCUCCCGCAAAGGAUUUAAUCCAGGUAUCCAAAGUAGAAAAUAGUCGACCGCAAAUCGUAAAUCCAUCACCUGUCAGGCAGGAGAGUCAAAGACUUGUAUAUGGAGGUAUGGGCGAUAGUCCCCGGGAUAUCGAAAUAGGGUUUCCGGAGUGGCAGACCCAUUCGUUGGAGAUUGAGGGGGCGAAGACGGAACAGAUGUUUAAGAGGUGGUCGGAGAAUUAUAGAGUUGAAGCGGAGGGAGCGGGGAAAGGAAAUGAUUUUAGAGAGGAGGAUGGCGAGGAGCAUGUUACGCCGAGGGAUAGCAUUUUUUAUGAUUUUUGGGGGGAUAUCUUGAAGGGGGAUGGUGGGCCUGAGACGCCGACGUUGGAGGAGAGUGGGACGAGGGGAUAGUUUUUGCGGAUAUAAUCGAUAAUGUGUGUAUUAACGUAUGGAAAUGAUGCUUCUCCAAUACUUUGGGAUGAUUUUAUGUAUCAUGAAAGACCAUUUGGGUAUCGCACUUGCGGAUUUUGAUGGUAAAAUUUCGAGUAAUGACAAGGUACCAAAAGGUCCCACUUGAAAUUCUCUGGAGUAAUUGAGGAAACGAUAUCAAGGCCUCAGAAUAAGAUAGUAGUAACGUGGGCGCAAAACUUUGCACUGCUCUUUACAAAAUGAUCAAUUCCUUAACUUUUGGUAGUAUCACUACUAAUUUUUCACUACUAAUUUUUCUCAUCUCUGCUUGAUGAACUUGACCACCAGCUGCUUCCUGGGCUGCUUUCAUUUCUGCCCAGCCCGUCUCAGAACCAGAAAGAGUAAGGUGCAUGCCUUUCUUCAGUGGAAUCAGCACGUUCCAUCGUUGAUUCUGGAUCAAAUCGUACUUAUUUACAAUGCACUUGAUGCUCAUGAUG